CAACCGGAAUCUUCCUCGGAGCUUGAUAAUAGCGUAACUGUCCGGUACCUGGCAGAAGGCGCCGCCAACGUCGUUUUCAGUCUCAUCCCAUACGACCAAUAUGCACCAAGUUCAAAUGAACUGCCAUUCGUCUUCUGCGCCCCAGGGACCUACACCGUUUGCCCCCGUAGCGACCUCAUUUCGAAAGUCCUACGCGUCAGUAAGAAGGGAGAGAAACUGCUGUCUUGUGACAUCAUCAAGCAAGGGUUCGAAAAUCAGAUACGACCGCACUUUCAGAACGGCUUCGACCAACACCUAAUGAAUCACGAUUUGAUUAGUCUUGAUAUUCUAGCUUUAACCGAACUCGACAUCAUGCUAGCUAGACAGUCGCAACACAAUACCGGCUCUCGAUCGUUGCCACAACGCAAUGGUAUAACUUCUCGAAUCUUGUCUCCACACUAUGGUAUUCUGCUUCCAAACUUAUCGUCAAUUCCUAACCAAUCCUUCACCAUCGAGAUCAAGCCAAAAUGGUUAGCGCAGUCACCAACAGCACCGAAGCAUUCCUACCGUUGUCGAACGUGUGCGAUGCGGGCUAUGGUCCGCUACAAACAGAACAAAACGGGCAAGGAAUACGAUAUCUGUCCGCUACACCUAGUAUCUGGGAACGUGAAAUACAUAAAGCGCUUCGUCCACGGCAAAUAUCUCGAGGCUGCUUACUCGUGGCCCGAGCCAGUCCUAGCUGCCCCAGACGAGGACGAGCUAGUAGACACGAUGACGGACUACCUGGCCACGGGGCCGGGCCAUGCACUGCUCCAACAUCUGAAACACUUGCAGGUUUCCAACGAUCCGAAUGGAGUCCUGAAAUUAGACAAAACGGGAGAUUCCGCACAACGAUCUGAUAUCAUAAGUCAACUUCGGCUUGCUAUGACCCUCAGAGAUUGCUCUCUGUUCGUCUCCGCUCGCUUAGGCCCAACCCUCAGCAUUGAGAAACGGCCUCGUAUUGUGCUCAGCGUUGACUCGAAGCUUGGGGAUCUCGACUUUAAAUCAGUCGAGAAGGUCGACGACUGGGACAAGAAGGAGAUGGAACUGAUUCAUGGGGGAUGGUAU